UUGCGAGAGCCACGUUUUUGCCUCUGCGGCACAUUUAUCCCAAGCGAAAACCGACGUAAAAACUAACCAAAUAGGGUUGUUUUUUCGUUGGGAAGUAUCAGGGGAUGCUGCGUCUCCGUAUGUAUUAUAAAUUGGUUUAGCGAGGGGGGAGCGUCCGCUCGAUACGACAGUCGCGUCGCGCCGGCCAGUGUUGGCGGCUGUUCGUGUGUUCCACACUUUACUUGUGUUGUGUUGUGUUCGUGUUGUGUUGGAUCUUGGAUUGUGGGUGAGCUGAGGAUUAUGCUGCAUUGGAUAUAAGAUGUCGUAGCCAUGGAAGGCGAGAGCCCCGAGCCCUCGGGCUGGCUGCUGGUGCGCGUGCACGUGCCCGAGCUGAACGUGCAGAAGAGCCUCCAGUUCCCGCGCGACCAGCUCGUCUGGGACGUCAAGCAGCAGUGCCUUGCUGCUUUGCCCAAGGAGCUAAAGGAGAGCUUCAACUAUGGCCUGUUCUGCCCGCCAGUCAACGGCAAGGCGGGGAAGUUCCUGGACGAAGAGCGACGCCUCGGAGACUACCCGUUUAAUGGACCUGUUGGUUACCUCGAGUUAAAAUACAAGCGGCGCGUGUACAAGAUGCUGAAACUGGACGAGAAGACGCUGAAGGCGCUACACUCGCGCGCCAACCUGCGGCGGUUCCUCGAGCACGUGGCGCACGCGCAGAUCGACAAGCUCACCAAGGCCUGCGCCAAGGGGCUCGACCCCAACUUCCACUGCACCGAGACCGGAGAAACCCCUCUAACCAUCGCAGCGGGCCUAAAAUGCCCCGGAAAAGUCCUGAUCGCCCUCGUCAACGGCGGCGCGCUACUCGACUACCGGACGAAAGACGGCUCCACGGCCAUGCACAGAGCCGUGGAAAAGAACUCGUUAGAAGCCGUGAAGACAUUGCUAGAAUUAGGAGCGUCUCCGAACUAUAAAGAUGGGAAAGGAUUGACGCCUCUAUAUCUGUCGGUGACGAACAAGACGGAUCCGCUGCUCUGUGAGACGCUACUACAUGACCAUGCGACCAUCGGUGCUGCGGACUUGCAGGGGUGGCUGGAGGUUCAUCAGGCGUGUCGCAAUGGCCUAGUGCAACAUUUAGACCACCUUCUAUUCUACGGCGCCGACAUGAAUGGACGCAACGCGUCUGGCAACACACCCUUACACGUGUGCGCCGUCAACGCACAGGAUUCCUGUGCACGUCAGCUGCUGUUCCGUGGGUGCGACAAGGAAGCGCUUAAUUUUGCCAACCAGACACCCUACCAGGUGGCCGUGAUAGCUGGAAACCUCGAGCUGGCGGAGGUCAUCAAAAAGUACAGGGCCGAGGAAGUUGUGCCGUUCCGGGGCCCGCCUCGAUAUAACCCGCGGCGGCGCUCCGCCGCCUGGGGCUGGCUGGCGGGCGGCUGGCCGGGCGACCGCUCGUCCCUGGCCUCGUCUACGAGGAUCCCAGAGCUGGAGGCCAUGCUGAGACCACCCGUGGCCUCGCCCUGCUCCCUCGAACGACCAUUCUCCUCCGCUUCGUCCAGUAUCAGCGAUGCCUCGCAUCCGAGCCACGAAGAUGACGCGAGCAUACUUACAGAUAAGAGCGCGGACGUUAGCGACAUCAUCUCGGACUCGAGCGGCGUGGGCACGAACUCGGACACCACGUGCUCGCUGCAGGGCGCCGCCACGGCCGUGUGCCUGCAGCCCUACGAGCCGCAGCAGCCCGGGCAGCUCAGGCUCAACCAGGGUGAUAUCGUUGAAGUGACCGGCGCGACCGACGACGGGUUCCUGGAGGGCUGCGUGCGCGCAACCGGCGCCGCGGGGCUGUUCCCCGCCCACUGUGUACAAGAAGUGCGGUUGCGGCAGAACAAGAACGUCCAUCAGGCAUUACCAGCGGGCCCCAUCCACCACUCGCGAGUGAACGGACGGCGGGAAAUGCCUCUCAGCAAGACGUACAGCGCCACCGCACCGAGAAUAAAGAAAACUUACGGCAACGUGGAGACGCGCACAGUGGUGCUGCACCGCGCCCGGCGGGGCUUCGGCUUCGUGCUGCGCGGGGCCAAGGCGUCGUCGCCGCUCAUGGAGCUGCGGCCCUCGGAGCGCUGUCCCGGGCUGCAGUACCUGGACGACGUGGACGCGGGCGGCGUGGCGGACCGCGCCGGCCUCAAGAAGGGGGACUUUCUGAUCGCGAUAAACGGUGAAGACGUGUCGGCCGCGUCGCACGAACAUGUGGUGGAGCUGAUCCGCGGCUCGGGGGCGCUGGUGUCUAUGACCGUCGCUUCGUUGCAUUCCACUAACGGCAACGAACUCAAUACAUGCACAGUACCAACGAGCAAGUCACAAAGCCAGCUGUCGAGUUCCGGUCGCCCGUACGCCGCCACGCUGCCCAGGAAAGGUGCCGGAGGGCGCAGCCCCGCGCCGGCGCCGCCGCGGCGCGACCCGCGCACCACGCUCAGCGUGGGCCGCGCGCGCGCCAAGUCCAUGGUGGCCGGCCUCGAAAAUGGCGGCGAGAAAGAAGAGAACUGUGAGCCCCUUAGCGUGGCCGGCAAGUCCUCGUCGGCGGAGUCGGUGCAACACAGUAACAACGGCACACCGCAAUCCGGCACGCCAGUGGCGCCGCGCACGGCGUCCAUCCGGCAGCGUCCGGCGUCCGGCCGCAUCACCGCGGCGGAGUUAGAGGAGUUGUUCCAGAGACAAGCUGAUGCUGAUACCAUCGGCGGCAACAGCGCAAUGAUGACGCGAUCGGCGUUCCAGGGCGGGUCGGCGUCGCCGCCGUACUCGCCGGCGCGGCCGAAUCGUGUCUACACCUCCGUGGCGGAGAUGAAGCGCCGCGGAAAGCUGCUGAUCAAAUCGCAGGGAUCGCUGCGGCGCGAUUUCCACUCCACGCCCGACCUCGUGGCGGAGCACACCGCGCAGCCGCUGCGUACCCGCUCCAGCGAAGACGUACAUGGUCCGGGUCGCGUGCCGCCGCCGGCGCACCCGCCGCCGCCGCCGCCGGGCGCGCCGGCGUCGUCGUUCCGGCCGAGCGCCAGCGCCAAGCUCUACGCCUCCCCGCGCGACCUGGGGCCCGUCGCCUACCGCCAGGCCGCGCCCAACACGGUGCGCAAGUCGGCGUCGCUGCGGUCCUGGGCGGGCCCGGCGCGCGCGCACUCGGCCGAGGAGGCGGCGCACUACGCGCAGCCGUUCAACGCGCACGGCGUCGUGCGACAGAACUCUACGCCGGCGCCGCCGAUCCCGGAGCCCGACUACAGCAUGUCGGAGUCGGACGACGACGCGCCGAAGCCCAAGGAGCCCCCCGCCGAAACCAGCGCCAACAGCAACGCCAGCGGAAGCAGUUCAGGCUCCAGUUCUAUGCAGCACUCGUUCUCAGUGGACGAGAUCCAGAAGAUCCGGACGCGGCUGAAGUCGUCCAAAUCGUGCGGCGACGAGCUGUCGGCCGAGCGCGACGACGGUGACAACUCCUCGUCCGGCGUGUCGUCCGACCAGGAGGCGCAGGCGAAGCCGCCGCGACGCGACAAGGUGUCUUUCUGCAGCUCCGUUCAGGUGAAAUCGUCGAACGACGUGAUAAGCACGGAGCCGGUGCACAGCUCGUCGGAGAGCCUGGCGACGCCGCCGGCCAUGCAGCGGCACAACUCGCUGACGCGCAAGCGGGCCACGGCGGCGUUACUGCGCGGCACCAUAGGUCGCGGCAAGUCGGCGGCGGAGCGGCUGGGCGUGGACCCGGAGAAGGCGCCGGGGCGGCGGGGGCGCGCGGCGGUGUCGCUGGCCGCGCUGCCGCCGCCGCCCGAGGAGCCGGCCGGCGCGCCCGACGCCGCGCCCGUGCUGGCGCCGCCGCCGCAGUUCAGCGACCGGGUGCGCGUCGUCGCCGCCGUGCCCAAGCGGGCCCAUCUCGAGUAGACGGCGCCGCCGACGGGAGGGUGCUUCUUGUCGGACGUGGCCUCGUUUAGUUAAUCCCGGGCGGAUUUAACCGUGCCGAUUUUGACGGACCUAAGUUUUUUAAACCCCUUAAAACGGCUGAGAUUAAAGACAUAAAUCUAGUUAAAGGUUUUGUCUUCUUGGGAUUUUCUAUGUACGAGCCUCCUGUCUGAUGGAUGGAGCAUCUUUACUCCGACUGUGGCUCUAAAGUUUUGUGUAGGCCCAGGCCUACCUGUGCAUCGUAGCACACCAGACGAGAUGUAACAAUAUCUUACCUGCCGGUCUCGUUUUAGGAUGAGACCAUAAUGGUGGUUAGAACCGCAACUAGUCUGGUAUGGUGCGACCGACAAAUCUUAUGAAUAGGCGUUCGAGAGUAUUUCUAAUCUUACCUUCGUAGGCUCUCGACGACACUACAGGUAUAGCGGUGUAGGGUAGCCUCGGUAGUACGAUAGGACCGUCGAUCGAGCUCACAUUGAGUCUUAUAGUGCCAAAUACAAGGUUUCUUGUCGCAAUCUUUGUAUCUGUGUAAGGAAAUCAUUUCAGCUUUGCCUUUAUAAAUUACAAGACAUCUUAUUUCGUGCACAUUUAUUGGUGUCUUCUGUGCUCCGUGCGGUUAAAUCUCAAAUUAUCAGUGUGUGCGUUGGUGUGCAAACUUUUAAUGUAGUUUACAACACACUCAUGCGCCGUACGAAAACAUAUACAUAUUUAAAAGGCAAAGUUGAAAUGAUAUUCACCUGAGUAUGUACCUAUACAUAAUUGUAUUUCAACUUACAUACUUACGUAUAGUCGCACGCAACGCGCGCAGAUUUUAUCCAUAAAAUUCUUUUGCAAAUGAAAUGUUAUUGUAAGCAGAACUUUUGUAAGCAAACGACUAAAAUGAAACCAAAGAAUUAUAGUAUUUAUUGUUGAGGAGUUACAUUGAUACCUAUAGUUGAAACUAAUUUUUAUACAUUCCCUUAUUAUUAACCAGUAGGUGUAAAAUUUCAAUGUUUAUAUAUAGUAAAUCGGUUUUAUUUCAUUGUUAUCUUUGUUCUUAAUCCUCCGACGUGUCAAAUUUGAAAUUACGGUUCGUAUUCUCUGUACAUUAGUUUUAUUUGUAUAUUUAUUUCCUAGCCUUCUUAACAUUACAACCAAGUGCCAUCGUGUCUAUGAUUUUAAAAGUAUUUUUAUAUAUAUUACUGUAAAUAUUUAAUGAGAGCUAAUCCUUAAGUUUAAAAGAGUGGACUAGCGAGAUUAUUUAUACAAAGGUAUCCGGCCAGCUGAGAAUAUAAAUAUUUAUGAAAUAAACAUGAUAUUUAUGAACAUAUUCGUAUAUUUUAAAAUAAUAUAAACCGCGCUGUGUUAAUAUGAAACGACAUUAUUAAAAAAAUAUAUGUAAGUCUGUUCUCACUAGUUCUAAUUUUGUCAGAACUAGUUCGAUUUUUUCCAGUAGUUCUAAGGACAAAUAUUUAUUUUGGUCAUGCUAGUGAUUAUUUCUUAUAAGCCGUUUAUUGUAGUUUUAUCAUUUAAAGUAUUUAAACGAUGCUCAUUUAACAUUACUACUACGAAAAUAGUCCCACAUCUUCCCCGGUUACUUUAAUUCAGUUUGACCGUCAUAUUUAUCAUCGUAAGUCCCCGCGUACGUGUACAAGUACAAAUUAAAUUCGAGUUAUGAACUGUUAUAAAAUAAAGUUCCAAAUUCAAAAGCGCAAAAAUUGAUCUUACGAGGUUAAAAGAACUACUGAGAAUAAAAAAUCCCAUCUAGUUCUAAUAAAAUGAGUGGGAACAGACUUGAUUCUAUUCGUCCGGCCUGGCUCCCCGCCUGCGUCCAACAUAUAUUAUUAUAUUCUACAACAUAUGAUAUAUUAUAAUAUGCAACAUAACAUAUUAUAUCCACGGCUAGUCUGCUCUUUUGACGCCAUGUGUGGGUGCUUGCUCCCGCUUGCCCCCCGACGUAGUUCCAUCCGUUCCAUUAUUGUACAUUUUGUAACGAACCCGUUUAGAUAUCUGUAGAUAUAACCUCUACGAACCUCGGCACCUAUUCCACUACAACACAACAACAUCAUUAUGUAUUUAUAAUAGGGAAUAUUACGAAAAACUCUGCGUAGGGGUCGCUAGCACAAACAGUAAACUAAUCGCCUUGAAGCAUCAAUGUCAUAUUUUUUCGUAACAAAUCUGUGAAAACUUGUCAAAAACUGUUUACGGCAUAGUAAACACCUACUCUGUGGUUUACGGUUUGUGCCAGUGCUGCACUCUGGCGGCAGAACAUUGCAGUAAUAUUCCCUAUUGUCAUUGUCAUGGAAUUUUCUAGGACUAGUAAAAUGAAUAAAACCUCACCACAUACAUUGUAACGCGAAGUCUAAUUUUCUUUAUAUAAAUACUAAAUGGUUAAAUGUAUGAAUUAUACGAGAGAGUGGAAAAGGUGCUGUGGAAGGGUUUAAGUAUAAUGUGUGUUAUAGUUGGCCGCACAUAUGUUAUGGCGGCACAUCGAAAUAUAACACCAAUGAGUUUACAUGUGUUUACAUUGCUAUAACUUCGCCUACAAAUAGUCAUGGCGAAUCUCUUUACAAAUAUAAAACUGACAUUUAGAAAAAUCUUCUUAAUAAGAAAAACUAAUGUGCAAUUUCUUAGCCUUAUUUUAUGCAAUUACAAUGUCGAAACUAUUCGUCUGCCUUAUAUUUGUAAAAGAGAAAACGACGUUCUUAAAUACUGCCUAAUAAUUUAGUGCAAUAUGUGCAGCUAAAAAGAGCGUUAUGUUAAGCGAGCAGAGUUUAUAUUGCGUUGUCAAGUUUCGUUUAACGUUCGCCUGUCUCGGUAGCGUAGAAUUAAUAAAAUCAUUAUAGUUCUCUGUCGGUGUUAUAUAUCGUAAUCGAUUGGAAAUUAUAGCCCUUAUGGACCAGAGCAUAAGAACUUUUAAUUUCCAUUUAUAUUUUAACUGUUCGAUAGAAGAACUUCGAUGAAAUGGUGUUCGGUGAACUAUGUAAAGAAUAGUGCGUGCGAGCCUUUCUUGUAUGUUCGUAGCUUUGUAAUAGAGCCCAGCGGCUAAUACUAUUAGCUCGGGCUCUAUUAGAAACCUACAUAUCUGACCUUUCGUAUUUUUUUUUAUAUGUCUGUAAAAUAUCUGGCCGAGGAAAUUCUAUAAUAUUUUUCCAAAAAACCCAUACAUAUUCCAAUUGUAAUGAUUAAUUUGAAGACAAGUCGCAUUUUCCGAAAGUCAAAUCUAUUUCGAACCUUAAAUCUGAUUGUUAAGGUUGAAAUUCUACUGGCGCGUAUGUGGUCGAUAGAUCUACUAUGCCUGAAAAAGGGUUUAGUUUAACCCUUUACCAGACUAAGAGAUAUUUCCCACGUACGGCACUACAUGUGUUCUAUUUUCUGUCAUGUUUGAACUGUCAGCCCCUCGCCACUAUAGUUACAUACAUCACGGACAUCUUCUAUUCUAUUCUAGUUAAUUCUAGCUGGCGACGUAGCGUCGGACGGGUUAUAGCCUCCAUUGUAUUAUUAGCACAAUUUAUUGUUCAUUAUUUCGUUAUAAUCGUCUUGUCAUUAUUUUAAGUUGUAUAAAUGUAUUUUCUACUUAAGAUAUAGCUAGGUAGUGGUAAUUAUAUUAGGGCAAUAUUUGAUUGUAGGAUAAAAGCAUAGGGCGGUCCUACCAAUGGAGAAAUACUCGCUCCUUUCUCGCUUGGGAUGAUCGAGCGAGAAUCGUGCGACUUUCACCCGUGGUAGUUCCGAAAGUAAUUUUGUAUAAUACCAUCGUGUUUUGCGUUUCAUUUGAAUCUCAGUAUCGGACGUAUAAUUACAAUUUGGUAUACUUUCAAAUGAAAAAUUAAAUGUUUCAUCACUA